AGUUGAUAUAUUACUUCUACAGACCAUGGAUAUCGGUACCGAAGAACAUUGGCAUAGGUUCUAUGGGCAUUGGGGGUCAAAGAACUUCAGUGAAGUAACGUCAUAUUGUCAUAGCAACGGCGGACUGACCUCGCUCUCAUAUAUAUAUAUUCAAAAAUGGUAACAGAAUGCCUAAGACUCCUGACACUUUAGCUAUAAUGCAUGGCUUGCUUGGUGUUGUAAAGUCAGAAUAUGAAUCUGCAGGCCAACUGUCAUCAGAGUUACUUCGUUCUUUGCAUAUGCUUCAUGGGCAGACACUUGUCAGUGCAUUAGACUUGAUUGACUGUAAAAAGGUUACGAUAGUCACUUCCAACAGUGGCCGAUGGGUGUACCAGGUCACUGGAAGUGCUGGCACUCCCUAUGUAUGUUUGCCUGACUCUAUUUUCUGUCAGUGUCCAGCAUUCAAGUUUUCUGUGCUAAAGAAGAAAGAAAGUGUUAUGUGUAAACAUGUUCUUGCAGCACUCUUAGCAACAGCAAUGGGAGUAGUAGACAAAAGGACCAUCUCUGAUGAGUAUAUGAUGGAUCUUCUGUUCCAGAUGGAUUAAGUAAAAAAAGAAGAAAAAAAAAAAAUUCUUUUAAAAAUAUAAAUAACUAAUUCAAUUGUGUUCAACUACAAAAUGGAAUGAGUUGGCUUCACAAAACUAGGAUAACCCUUCACAUUCAGAAUCCAUUGAGAUGAGACCUAGUGAAAUGAACAGCCAUGUUAAUAUCAAUUAGAUCAAUUUGGAUAAAGUGUUCAAGCAGAAACUUCUUUGAAAUUUUUCAGUUUUAUACUUUCUUUUCAGUUUAAAAUAGUGGUCAAAUUGUGCAUUACAAUCCAAAGACAAUUGUGGAAUAUGAUUGCACAAAAUUUUAUUACUGAGAUCAAUGUGUAAAAAUGUGUGUACACAAGAAAUGGAUAAUUGUAAAUAUACAGGUUAAUAAAAGCUUUCUAUAUCAUCAAUGAUUUACUUCAAAGGUCUAAAAUGCAAGGCACUAUGGAAGGACACCUGGAUACAUAUAAGGCACCUAUAUUACAUUACACACAUUAUGAGUGUAAACUCUUGAGUGUUGUGAACAUGUACAAAAUUCAUUAAUAAAACAUCUUUGAAAAAUAUACUCUAUGUAAUAUUAAAUAUUACAUAUUUAUCAUAGACAUUUAGAAAAUGGUAAUGUAACAAUCUAUUUUUUUUCCUGUGAUUUCUGGAAGACCUUCAAUAAUUAAGAGAAAAAUCCAUAUUCAUCAUCUCUCCAUUCAUCAUACACUCAUUACACAGUGCUAUUAUCCCUACAAACUCAGUUUCAUAAUGCAAGCAUGGUUGGAAUACUGAUAAAUUAAGUGAAGUAGGCAGCUUUACCACAAACAUCUAAAAUCCAGUAUCCAGAAUUUAAAAAAGUGAAAAAUGCAAGGAAAAUGUAUACAAGGAAAUAAAUAAGUAAAUUCAUAAGCCUGAGUAAAUUGCAUUUUGAUCAACUCUACUGGUAAUAUAAAUGAUCAGAUGCAUUAAGAAAAAGAAGACUACUACAGAUUGUCUUGCUAAAAUGUUUAAACACCAAACAUAUGCUUGGUAUCACUGUAGUGACUGACUUCCGAGAUACCAAAACAGGUGGGAUCAUGUUAACAGAUAUGUUUGUGGUUUUCUACAUGCAUGCAUUAUGUUGAUUGAGAUUAUGGCUAAAUCAGGGCUAUUACAAUGUCAUUUUAAUAUAUCAAGUUGUGUCAUUAUAUAUUUGACCAGGAGAGCUAACAGCAAGAAGGGUCCAAUUUUACCUUUGUUUCAAGGAAGGAUAUCCCUUAUCUGUAGUACUAACAUUGGGUAUUAAAAUAUGACUACGUAACUUAAGACUACAGACACCAACCAUAUGUUACAAAUUAAAUCUAACAUUUCUUAAACAAAAUCUGGAGGAUAUCCCCCUCUCAUUAUAAACAAUCUAAUAUCUGAUAAAAAAUUGUUCCUUUAACUUUUCAAACAUUAUCCAAUAAUUUUAAAACAAAUUCCUGAUAGACAGGUAUAAACUUGCAUUUGCUUAUCUUUAUGUUAAAAGUUUCAGAAAAAAACAUUUUUAAAAAGGUAAUAAUAUAUACACUCUGCAGGUAAACUAGUGUGAGAUGAGAAUAUAAUCUGAAGUAUGGUAUAAGUCAAAUGGUCAAUCUCCUUUUCCUGGAAGGGUAACAUUUCCUGUAUGAAUUUGAAAGUACAUUUUGAAAAGCACCAUAAGAAAAGAAAAAGAAAAAGAAAAAGAAAAAAAA